CGCUCGCCGCGCGGCCCGCGCGCUUUACCCAUAGAACGCGGUACCGCAGUAGCAGGGCCCAACUACGAGAGUGUUUUAGAGCAAAUUGCUAUGCGUGGCGGUCGCCUCAUCAUGCUCUGGCCCGGCGUCGUGGCCGCCGCCGUCCAGCUCGGCCGCGGGAGCUACGUCGCGCUCGUGACGCCCAUGGACGCGGCCAACGCCGUGGACUACGGCGCCUUGCGCAACCUCCUCGAGUGGCACGUCGCGAGCGGCACGGACGGCGUCGUGGCGCUCGGCACGACGGGCGAGGCCUCGACGCUGGACGCCGCCGAGCGCGACCGCGUGCUCGAGACGUGCGUCGACGCGUGCCGCGGCCGCGUGCCCGUCGUGGCCGGCACGGGCGCCAUCGACACGCGCGCCGUCGUGGCCAUGGGCCGGCGGGCGAAAGCAUUGGGGGCGGACGGCACGCUCGUCGUGACGCCGUACUACGUCAAGCCGCCGCAGCGCGCGCUCGAGGCGCACUUCCUCGCGGUCGCCGAGGCCGUCGACCUGCCCAUGGUCCUCUACAACGUGCCGGGACGCACGGGCGUCGACCUGCUGCCCGAGACCGUCGCGCGAUUGGCAGCGCACCCGAACGUCAGGGGGAUCAAGGAGGCCACGGGCGACAACGGACGCGUCGCGGCGCUGCGGGACGCCUGCGGCGGCGACCUCCUGCUCUACUCGGGCGAGGACGCCAUGGGCCGCGAGUUCGUCGAGCUCGGCGGCGACGGCGUCAUCUCGGUCACGGCGAACGUCGCGCCGGCCGCCAUGGCGCGCAUGCUGCGGGCGCCGGCGGGCGCCGCCGCGCGGGCCAUCGACGACUCGCUGCGGCCGCUCCACGAGAAGCUGUUCUGCCAGGCGAACCCCAUCCCGGUGAAGUACGCGCUGCACCGCGCGCGGCCGCGAGGAAAUCAAGUGCACGGCGCGUUCGUCCUGAUAUCUGCUCGAUGGCGUGGCCAUGUCGGGUCCUCGCCGCUCGACGGUGCGCCCGACACGCCGGUUGAUUUCCACGCAGGCGCCCGGGGCCUCGCCACCGGCAUCCGGCCCCCCCUGGCGCCCCUCGAGGCCGAGUUCCACGCCGACAUCGACGCGGCGCUCGCCGCCGCGGACGCCGUGGCGGUGAAGUAA